AACCGAACAAGGCUGCUGGCCCGAUCCACCACACGACCCCAAGAGCCAAACCGCCUCUUUUCCAAAAGCCAAACCGCCCGUUCUCUCGUGACUCGUCUCCUUCCUUCUCGCCUCCUCGCCGCCGCCGAUGGGCUCCGAGGAGGAACCAUCGCAGAUGCGGAGGGCGCUGGUGGACGCGCUCGCGGGCGCCGUCUCCGGCGGCAUCUCCCGCAUCGUCACCUCCCCCCUCGACGUCAUCAAAAUCCGCUUCCAGGUUCAAUUAGAACCCACAGCCUCGUGGGGUAUUCUUCAAAGGGAUGUGUAUGGACCUUCCAAAUACACUGGCCUUCUGCAAGCAACUAAAGAUAUUCUCCGAGAGGAAGGUUUACCGGGAUUUUGGAGAGGAAAUGUACCAGCUCUGUUGAUGUAUAUGCCAUAUACAGCUAUACAAUUCACUGUUCUACACAAACUAAAAACAUUCGCAUCUGGUUCAUCCAGAACAGAGGAUCAUUUGCACUUGAGUCCUUAUUUAUCCUAUGUAAGUGGAGCGCUAGCAGGAUGUGCAGCAACAGUUGGAUCAUACCCAUUUGACCUUCUGAGAACUAUUCUUGCAUCGCAGGGUGAACCUAAGGUUUACCCCAAUAUGAGGUCUGCAUUUGUUGACAUAAUUAAAACUCGCGGUGUUCGAGGGCUUUAUUCUGGUCUAUCUCCAACUCUUGUUGAAAUCAUACCAUAUGCUGGCUUGCAGUUUGGUUCUUACGACACUUUCAAACGUUCAAUGAUGGCAUGGAAUAGAUAUAGCUAUUCACAUCUUAACUCAGGUAGUGAGGAUGACUCGGUAUCAAGCAUCCAGCUAUUUCUUUGUGGGUUUGCAGCUGGAACAUUUUCAAAGGCUACGUGUCACCCACUUGAUGUUGUAAAGAAAAGAUUCCAGAUUGAAGGACUAAAACGUCAUCCAAGGUAUGGGGCUCGAAUUGAGAGCAGCACAUACAAGGGCAUGUACCAUGCCUUAAAAGAGAUCGUUGCAAAGGAGGGGUUUGGAGGCCUUUACAAAGGGCUUUUCCCUUCUGUGGUGAAAUCGGCCCCUGCUGGUGCUGUGACAUUUGUUGCAUAUGAAUACAUCUCAGACUGGUUAGAGUCAAUAAUGAUGUGAAAAACCUUGCAGUAAAAUUUUGUCUCCCCAGUUUUGUUUGUACUGUUCAUAGUCUUCCUGCUUUUGUACAAUUGUAUUAGCAUAAUUGAUUUUAUGUCUGGAAGAGGCUGCAGUUCCUUCGGAUCUUGCAGUCUACACAAGAUUUUGGGAAGCCUGCAAAAAUCUGCUGGAUGAAUCGUGCUCGUAAGCUCCUCUCAUGGGUUUUGGAAAAUCACCUAGACAUUACACAAAUCAGCAAUCAAGAUGGCCAUUAAGCAUUUCCCUUUCUAGAUAUCUACUUGGCCGGAGCUACCUUUUAUCUUCGACUUUAACUUGUAUAUUUUUUGUUGUGUGUGCAUGAUGAUGUGCCUGCAAGUUACUGAACCUGAAAAUGUUUUGCAGGAUCGGGAGCAAGGCUGGAGUUGAGUGAGUUCUUGUUGGAUAACGGAGGCAUUGAGAUACCAUCAUGAAAACAGCGUCCACACUCUGGAUAUCAAUGAGGAUUCAGUUGUUUUGAUUUGAGACCGCAAGGUCAAUCGAGAAGUGCAUACAAUUCCUUGAGAGCUGAUACUUGUAAAGCCUUACGUAGAAUGGAGAUAUUUUGCUGUUUCUCUACCUUUUCCCCCAUUGCCUAAUGUGGUGACAGUGGAUUAAUUGAUCUGUAACACCAAGGCUGAGUAAAACUAAUGUAGAGCACCGGCAGUUUUGUUAAGAUCUUAUUACCAUUCUUUUUCCAACUUAGGUCGUGUCCCAUCCAAUUAGUUUGAAUUACAUUGUACGCCAUUGAUCAGCCUUAUGCUUUAUGCGAGGUGUAACUCAUCAAGCCAUUUGUUGUCUGACCACUUUCUGCAAGCUUUGUUGCGCUGGCGAUA